AUGAUUACACAAGAUAUUGGGAAAAUGUCAAAUAUUGAACUAAAGAUUUCAGAUUUAGGACUUUCUAGUAAAAUAAAUGAAAUUAAUGUAGAUAAUGGAACGUAUGGAGGAGUAGUACUAUUUGUUGUUGACGAAAUAUUAUCGG